UUUUACAUAUCAUUGAUAAGCUUAUUUGCUUCAAAUUUUCAUAAAAAAGUGGGGUGAAUCCAACCUGAAGCUUAAUAGCUCAUCAUCAUCCUUGCUAUAGCUUCUCUAUUCUCAUUCAUUUCCUUUCUUUUCUCUCUUCUUCCUCCACCGCCUUAGCUUCACUUUCCCCAAUUUCGUAUACUUUCUCACUCCACAGAAAACCCUAUCUUUAGUCUCCCUCAAUUCCAUCCCCUCAAAUCGUUUGAUCAUCAUCACAUUCAGUCCCUUCACCUACCAAUCAAUACUCAUUAAUUGAACUCAUACUCUCUCUUUUCUAUCUUUUUUUUUCAAUUUAUUUUUUAUCGAAUUUAGUAAAGUAAGUUUAAAUUUUAGCAAUGGAUUCAGAUGAAGAAUUACUCGAUGCAUACGAUGGAGAUUCUGCUGAAGAAGAUUACUAUUACAGUGAUGGUGAUUCUGAUAUGGGUGAUCGUGUUGAUGAUGAUGACUACGUUGAUGAUGCUGCUGCUGCUGCAUAUGAUUAUGCUACUGCUGAUGAUUCAAUGUUCCAUCCCGAGGUCUCGUUUUUUCACUCUUUUUUCCCAAUUAAUUUUCAUAUCAAGGUUCCUUUUUUUAUUUUGAAACUUAUGAUUUGUGCUUUUUGGUUGAUUCAAUGAUUUACUGCUGUUGAAAUUAGUGUUUGAUCAUGUGUACAGGAAGAUUUGUUCAUUAAAUUAUGUUGAUUUGUUCAUCAAUUUUUUUUGCUUAUUUAUUUAAUUUGUUCAAGGGUUUUUCUGCGGGUAGAUUGAUAUUUUACCUAUAAAUGGGAGGAGGUUUACAUCGUAUGGGGUAUGUUACUGUAGAUAACUGUGAAGUCCUGUAUUGGAAAAAUGUAAUGAUUUUUUUUUUGAAAAGUCUGAAGAUGAAUAUCAAGAAAAGAAGAAAACGCAACCCGCCUGCAUAAAAAAACACCAGGAAAGGGAAAAAGCCAUUGGACUACGCCCCAAACUAAGAUAGGGCACUCAAACAACAUAGGAGUGGACUAUGUUCAAAAAACCAGUAGCAAUAAAAUGAAAAAAACUAACAAAACCAAAACACCAAAACAACCACACAAACCCCAAACCGGAACUCAACUAAACGUACCAUACUCAAUCCAAUUGAGGCAUGAACAAAACACUACAAGCAGUAGCACGCGAGACAACCUUCAAAGCAGCAACCUUAACAGCUAUCAGCCACAACAGAACCAACCUCCAGAAUAAUAGACCCAAAGAAAACCACAGUUGUUGCUCAGACCAGCAACCUGCAAGGUCAAAUACAAAACCCAGCAUAAGACUCAGGACAACAUAGGCCACCAAACACAGAGACAGCAACAACACCCCCGAACAGCCAAGCAAUCCACCAGCAGCAUACACAAGCAAAAUCAGCCCAUGCGGCAGAUUACAUCAAAUCAUACAUCCGAUGAGACAGCAACACCAAAAAAGACAACAAUAUCAAACAAUCCUCACGAAAACCCAGACCCUACAGCCACAGAACAAAACAAAACCAGCAACAGACAACAGCAACAAAGCAAACCAGCACAAUCAACACUGCAACCAUGGACAAAUACUCCACCAACAAGAGAGAUCACCACCUUACAAUUGCACAAACAAAGCAAAAACACAACCACAAACCACAAGGAACAAUAAAGCUUAUAUCGUAUUGAAAGAAGCAGACAUCCGACACCGCCAAGAAGAAAAUAUUUCACAUGUCUCUGCCGUUCUUUCUAUUUCUAGAGAUGCCGCAAGCAUAUUACUCUGUCAUUAUAAAUGGAAUGUUUCCCAGUUGCAUGAUGAAUGGUUUUCUGAUGAAGAAAGGGUUCGAAAGACAGUUGGCCUGCUUAGCACACCAGUAAUAUUUCUUUCAAAUGCAAAAGAAUUGACAUGUGGAAUCUGUUUCGAUUUUCAUUCUCGUGACCAGAUAAAUUCAGCCAUUUGUGGUCACCUGUAUUGUACAACGUGCUGGGAAGGUUAUAUUUCUACAUCUAUUAAUGAUGGCCCAGGAUGCUUGUUGUUGAGAUGUCCUGAUCCAUCUUGCCGUGCUGCAGUUGGUCAAGAUAUGAUCCAAAAACUAGCAUCUGAUGAAGACAAGGAGAAGUAUUUCCGAUAUAUUGUUAGAUCUUACGUCGAGAACAAGAAAAAGACCAAGUGGUGUCCUGCUCCAGAUUGUGCUAAUGCGGUGGAAUUUGAAAUUGGAAACAACAACUAUGAUGUUACGUGCCUCUGUUCGCAUGCCUUUUGCUGGAAUUGUACAGAAGAAGCUCAUCGUCCUGUGGAUUGCAGCACUGUGGCUAAGUGGAUUUUGAAGAAUAGUGCGGAGUCUGAAAAUAUGAAUUGGAUUCUAGCUAAUUCAAAGCCUUGUCCAAAGUGCAAACGUCCAAUAGAGAAGAACCAGGGAUGCAUGCAUAUGACUUGCACUCCUCCGUGCAAGUUUGAGUUUUGCUGGCUUUGCCUUGGUGCAUGGACUGAUCAUGGCGAAAGAACUGGUGGCUUUUAUGCUUGUAACCGUUAUGAAGCUGCAAAACAAGAGGGAAUGUAUGAUGAAGCAGAAAAACGGAGGGAAAUGGCAAAGAAUUCUCUUGAAAGAUACACACAUUAUUAUGAACGAUGGGCAAGCAACCAAACAUCCAAGCAAAAAGCUAUUGCAGAUUUGCACCAAAUGCAAACUGUCCAUUUGGAGAAGUUGAGUGACAAGCUGAAGGAACCAGAGUCACAGCUCAAAUUUAUUAUCGAGGCCUGGAAGCAGAUUAUUGAGUGUAGGCGUGUGCUAAAAUGGACAUAUGCAUAUGGUUAUUAUUUGCCUAAUCAUGAAAAUGCAAAGAGACAGCUCUUUGAGUAUUUGCAAGGUUACGCUGAGGCUGGUCUUGAAAGGUUACAUCAAUGUGCCGAAAAGGAAUUAUUAGUGUUCCUUGGUAAUGACGAUGUCGCUACUGACAGCCAAUCCGAUUUCAAAACAUUUCGCCCAAAGCUGGCUGGAUUGACCAGGGUCACUCAUUCGUACUUUGAGAAUUUGGUCGGAGCAUUAGAAAAUGGUUUAUCAGACGUCAAUUCUCAAGAAGCUUCCAGCACUUCAUUAAGCACGAAAAAUGGGGGAGCCAAGGGGAAAGGGGGUAAAGCUAAAGGAUCAACAUCACGAUCGAAUCGUUCUGGGCUCCAUAAUUUAGAUGAUUUUAAUCGUUGGCACUGUGAUCGUUGUACCUUUGCAAAUCCUGAUUCUGCCGCUUCAUGUCAGAUGUGCAGUAAUCAACGGUGAUGACUCCUCACUGAAGCAAUCCAAUAAAGCUCGGGAUGUAUUCAAAAAAGCUAAUGCAGCAGGCAGUUAGAUUUAUCUAUCACCAGAAGGUCUCCGCAGACAUUAUGUCUGCGUAACGGCUCAAGUGUUAAGAAAGUACCACUCUUGAUUUGUGGAUGCAUAGAAGAAGAGGUUGUAAAUAGCAGUUUCUAAUUGAUGAUGCUGGUCAGAGAUUCAUAUGCCCUUUUAUAUAUUAUUAUCAUAAAUGAACUUUCAUA